GAUGGCUUGACAGCUCUAUUGGCGCUCUUUCUUGUUUACGGCAUUUUAUUUCUGCUGAAUUUCGCAAACUUCGCAAAUUAAUCUAAAAGCAAUGGACCCCUUUGAUCCACGUUCGAUUGUUAACGGCGGAAUGCUGAAGCAGUUUUCCGGCCAAACCGUGAGCAUAAUGGUGCGCGUGGAAAGCGUGGCGGGAUCCACUUUGCUGGCCAGUUCCACGGACAACCACAAGCUGAAGAUCAACCUGCCGGGCGAACUCGGUGCCGCCGACGGAGCCUGGGUGGAGGUGAUUGGAGUGCCGCAUGGGGCAGACACCAUCAGAGCCAAGGAGGUCAUUGAAUUUGGCGGCGAGAACAUCGACUUCGAUAAAGAUGGCUACAAUGGAUUGAGCCACCUGAUCAACAAUGUCAAAGCCUUUUAUCGCAGCGGCUAAGAAUCUAUUAUCCUCUUAAGUCCAUUAAUAUAUAAGUAUUAUAUGUAGGUUUAAUCCUCUUAUCACAUUUUUUUUUUGCCGCUCUCAAAUACUUUUCAACCUGCUUGAAUAAAAUUUAAAAUUGAGCAAUUGUUUGCUUUACUACA